AAUUGAUGCGUGAACCUCGCAACUUCCUAACCUCAUUUAUAGAUGCGUCCACGCGGGCAGCCGUAUCUCACGAGGUUCUCGGUUUGAUCAUCAGAAUGAGAAAACAAAUCAUUCUGUCCGUGCCCGCAGGCGACUGCGCGCUCCCUUCGUUGACCACAGCCAGCAUCAUCAUACCAACAUUAUACCUGUCCACCGUUAUUAGGGCUGUUCUAUCCAAUGUUAAGCUCUGAUAUAGCAGCUUUGAUUGGCUUUGGUUGUGAGGCGGUCUUGUAUGGCAGUUACUGCAUUCUUUUCAUCGUCUCAUGGAUAGUCUUGGGUCAUAAACGACCUUCCCCAAAACUUAGUAGCCCUGUCAUUUUUGCCAACUGUUUGCUCUUUUUCUGCUGCACUGCACAUUUUGCUCUCGAAUUCAAUCAUUUUUAUAAAACUCUUGAGUCAACUGGAGUCGAUGGUUAUUCCGCGGAGACACCUGGUCUUAUGGGCGCAGAUUUCCUUAUCUCAUUCACAGAUCUUGUCGGUGACUUGGUUCUCGUCUACCGCUGCUGGAUGCUUUGGGACAGGAACUACUUUGUAGUCAUACUUCCCCUUCUUACUGCCUUCGGUGGCUUCGCUUGCAUAAUGGAGGUACUUCACCUCGUCAUCCUCAUGGACCCCACCGCGCCUGCCCCUCCUCUAGCUACAGUGGGCCUGGGGCUCGCAGGUUAUAUCCUGCCUCUUGCCACCAAUUUCGUCGUCACCUUCCUUAUAGUUUACCGCAUCCGGAUCUCCUCCAAUGUUGUAAAAGAAUCACCUAUAGUCAUCGGCCAAGGCGCUUCCCAUCGUGCGAUGAUGCUCAUCAUCGAGAGUGGUGCCCUCUAUCUUAUAACACAAUUCGUGUUCGUCAUACUCUUCUCGAUCCAGCACCCCGCACAAGGCAUCGUGGCGGUGAUUGCCACCCAAGUAUACGGCAUUGCACCUACCCUGAUUAUUAUUCGGGUAGGCUUGGGAAUUUCAUCUGAGAAUACCACCAAGGCAAUAACGUCCACUCGUAUUGAAUGGAUCGCGCGCCGUGGGGACGAUACGGGCACUUCGGGUACCCAAUUCACUGUCGAACACAGCAUGGCCGAAUCCGAUAUGGAUAUUCGGAUGAAAGACUUCGAUCUCAACCGGAAGGGACACGACGAGAUUGAGAUUGCAGAGGUCGAGAUGGCGCCUGCCAGUAAUUACGAGAGUGCUUCGCCUGUAUAAACACCUUGGCAUAUGUACCAAAGGUAUGUUGAAACUUGUUGUAGUGGUGUAGUGGUGUAUUUGGACAUACACACACCGGAAAUUAAUU